UUGGUAAAUUACAAAUAAAAUGUGAACGACAGUGACUGCUGUGUGCGCUUCUUUUUCAUAGUCGCCUUACCCAAAAGGCGCAGACAAGCGGGUCAAGUUUUUGAGGAGAAGAAAAAAGAGAAAAUGGUGAACUUUACGAUGGACCAGCUGCGGUCCGCCAUGGACCACCGGACCGGUAUCCGGAACCUGGCAGUGAUCGCCCAUGUUGACCAUGGCAAGACCACUUUGACCGACUCAUUGUUGGCUAAAGCUGGGGUGAUCAACACUGACCAGGCUGGAGACAAGUGUGCCAUGGACACCAGGAAAGAUGAGCAGCUUAAGGGCAUCACCAUUAAGUCCACUGCCAUUUCCCUACUGUAUGAGGUAGACCCAAAGUUAUUCCCGACCGGAUCAGAAGCUGGCCUGAAGGAAUGCAUUGUCAACUUGAUCGACAGCCCGGGUCACGUGGAUUUCUCCUCCGAGGUGACGGCCGCGCUGAGGGUAGCUGAUGGUGCCCUGGUUGUGGUGGACAGUGUUAGUGAAAUAAUAAAUUUGUUCUAUAUUCCUAGAGAGAUUGUUCCACCAACAGAUGUAUCGAAAGCGAAUGCUGCUGCAGCAGCGGUUAAUAAGGGGAAAACAAUAGGCACGGUGAUGGCUGUAUUUGGUGCGGCCAUCCUCGUGUGUAUACUCCUUAUUGUAUUCCAUAAAAAGGAGCGCAGAGACUCCUGUCUACAGAGGGUUCGCUCGGUAGUGAAGAAGGACACAGAGUACAGAUAUUCUAUGUUACCUGAUGCAAUUGGAAAUGAAGAUGAUGAAGACAUUUUAGGAGCAGCAAAUAAUACAGCUGAGCCAGACGAACCAAGGGAGGUAAACGCCAUUUCUAUUGAGAGGGACACAAAAGUGGAAAGUUACCAUGACGACAGUGAUGUAGACUUACUAGAGUGAAGUAAAACCAUGCUUGACUUUCUGUGAUAGAUUAUAGAGAGGUCUGAGCUCUCCGAUGUGAUAACUCAUACACAGAUGUAAUCUCUGUAAACAGCUUUCAAAUACCCAUUUCGUCGUUUCUGUGUCGCCCUGCUGUUCACUUUUUGUCUGGCUAAACUGUCACAUGCAAGUGCUAUAAAAUUACUACAUAUAACAUUUAUGUAUCAAAUAAAGUCGGCAUCAGUUCCACGCUAUUAGGAGACAAAAUCAAACAUACUGCAGCCUUUCAAAACAUGCACAUUCAUCACGAAUGUGCAUCUCCACACAGGGGAGGCCGUUCUAUUAAACAAUACAAAACCAAUACAUGUACAAAAUGUAUAUUGAAGUUUGGAUAUGUAAUGUUUUAUAUCUUAAAGUUUGGAUAUGUAGUGUAACAUUCUAUUUUACAGUAAUUCAAAAUAUAAAAUGAAUAUUGAACAAACCUUCGAAAACAAUAAGAUAGUUGUAUUGUUUACAAUGAGUAACAAUUGUUUUAAAAAAAUAAAAUGAGGUACCAGGAAUGUUUGGUUUUCCAGACAGGGUUUUGAAUAGCAAUUUCAUUGUUUGAUCCAUAGCAAUGAAAAAGACAAGUUUCCCUCCAAAAUAUCUAAACCUGCUUUUGGGUAUCCAGUUGAAACAGUUGAGUAGCAGACUUAGAUCACGACAGAGGAUGACAUCAUAGAAUAUAUGGCAGAUGAAGGUUGAGUGAUUCAGCAAUAACGGUUCAAAUUUGAAAGAUUGACUAUCCCAUAUUUGCAGCGGUUUUCCAUAAAAUCAAAAAAGAAAAAAAAAGUAUAGACAUAUAUAUAUUCAAGAGAUGUUAUAAAAUAUAAAAACACAAGGGGAAAAAUGUAUCUAAAGCUGUUUUGUUAAAUGUUAUUUAUAUAACAGGGAAUUCUGAAACUGUAUUUUGAAUGCCGCGCUGUCUUAUAACACAGGUUUACAUCUGGUCAAGUGCUUGUAUUUACCAAACAUUUUCUGUGUUUCCUUGUCUGUUUCAACUCGGUUAUGAAAAAGUGGCUAUGGACAUUAUAUUGAAUCCUCAUGUACCUUGUGGGUGUAUAUAUUGUUGGUUAUUUUAUUGUGUGUGAUAGAACGGAGAGAUUUGAAUACCUGGACUGGGUGUUGUAUCAUAUCUGAUACGCUUAAUGCAAGUGGAUAAGAGAGAUAGGAGAAAAGAGAAUGAAAGAUAGCUAAGAGAAGCAACUUGUGCAGCUUUGAAACCAUAAUAAAUGCAAAAUUUCACCUUUGUUGAAUAUUUUCAUAUUCAUACAGCAAAGUUGUGAUGAUGGUGUUUUGAUAUUCUUUGUAGAGAAUGUUAAUUCCUCAUUGAAUUUGUUUUCAAAGAAUGAAUGGAUUUAACUGUAAACAUUGAAGAGUGACAGUUUAACAAGGUGAAAUUUUUCAUUUUAAAGCAUAUUACUUGACAUAUAAUAUAUUUCGCUAUGUUAUCAUGUUUUUGAGAUAUUUUAUGAUCAUUUUAUAUCCUUGGGUUAAUGUUUCCAUGUGACAUGAUAUCAUUCCGUGAUGUUUAUGUUUUCCUGGUUAUACAUGUGUAUCAACAUCAUGCUUAUACUUUGUCCUGCUAAUAAACAUAUCCUUUUCAAUGGUGUAUAGAAAUCGGUUUCAGACUAUAAUUUAUUUGUUUAUUUUUUAUUUAUUUAUUUUUGCAUUCAUUGAAGGAAUUUGUUUAGCUCAUUAAAGUUGAUUUGCAUAAUCAUUCAAGAAUAAUUUUAUUAUUAGAGGUGUUUCCUUUCCAGAAAAAAAAGAUACGAAAAAAACUUUGUAGACCAGAUAAUAUUGUUAAACGGAGAUAAUGAAAUUAAAGGGAGAUAAUUUUACCCGAAAUUUAAGGGAGAUAAUUCAACCGAAAAUCAAAGGUAGAUUAUUUAACUGAAACAGAAAUUUUAUAGAAGCUUUAUGCGGCUUCAUGGCCCAAUAGGUCAUGUGGUAUUAAUUGCAGAUAUGUAAUAUCUAGAAAUUAAUGUAUGUACAUUUUAUAUUUAUCAAUUAUUAAUAUAAACACUUGGGAACCAGUUUGAAAUUACUUCAAUAUUAAUAUACAAUGUAAGUACUUUUUAUAGAUUCCAUAUUACAUGAACAAUUUGUUGCAUAUGCUUAAAUUUGGCAAAAGGACUGUUAGUGAGAUUAUAACUUAUGGUAAACAAUAGUCUAUCGUUAAAUGUGCAUGAAAUGCACCUGAAUAUUUUGUAGUGAAAUAGUAGUGAUUUAAUCCCCACCACUACACACAAAACAGUGUUACUGCUGUCUUAAACAAAACAAGUGUCAUCAGAUAUGUUCAGGAUUUUUCACAUUGCUCACUGGAUGAAUUUUUUGCUAGAUAUUAAUUUUUGAGAAUGACUUGUUCUCACAUUACAUAUCAUAUCUAAGCUUAAAGGUAUCCCUGUUAUGUUAACAGGUUAUUGCAAUUUAUCACUUACUUAGCUGCAAUAUUAACCAGGAUGUUUUGGUUUUUCAGGGAAAGAGUGAAGCCAUUUGCCUUCUAGAUUUUUUCCUUGUGUUCAUAUUCAUAUGAUUUAUUGUGAUAUUGAAUUAUAGUAUGUAUUCAUAUAACGUGGAUGCUCAUCUGUGUCCAAGUGUCCUCCAAUGCUGUCCGCCACUAAAACAUCUAACAGAAACAUUUUUCAUCAGCCGGUGUUCUCAAAAACUGACCAUACUAAUUGUUAAAUCGGCCAUGUUGACAGUUGCCUGUUACUGUGCCAUUGAUCUGUAUCCAUUAAAAAAAUCAUGACUGGCCAUUGUGAAGUUGGACCAAUGUGUGCUCAGUGGUGAUUUGGUUGAUUUUUUUUCCCGACAUGUAUUUCAUUAAAAUGACCUUAAAAGGUUAUAAAAGAU